AUGAACGACUUUGCUCGCUUCAAGAAGCGGGCUGUGGACUACCUGUUCGAUCGCCCUGUCCGAAACGAUGACUCCUCUCCGAUCUGGUGCUUAGGACAGUCCUACGACUCCGAAUACAAAGCGCCUCACCCAGACCCUGUGACCGGCUCUUCUCCGUCUGCAAAAUCCGACUCCGAUAUCUCCCACGCCGAUUCCGCCGUUGUAACUCAGGUCCCAUCCACCGACACCUCCUCCAAACCCGAAGCAACCGACGAUGAGCUUGCCAAGAGUUUCGACCAGGUCCAGAUAUCAAAGUCGAUGGAAGAGGAGGAUCUUGGCUGGCCUUCGCAGUUCCUCGAUGACUUUGAGUCUCGAGUGUGGAUGACAUAUCGGAACAACUUCCCACCCAUACAGAAAGCAUCAGACCCAGCAGCCACAUCCAACAUGUCGUUUGCUACCAAGCUACGAAGUCUCGCAAAUCAGGGCAACUUCACCUCGGAUACAGGCUGGGGUUGUAUGAUCAGGAGUGGACAGUCUCUGUUGGCAAACACAGUGGUCAUGCUACGGCUAGGCAGGGAUUGGAGACGAGGACAAAAGGAGAAGCAGCAUCACGAGAUUCUUUCCAUGUUCGCAGACACACCUGAGGCUCCAUUCUCAAUACACAAGUUUGUUGAGCACGGAGCGAGUGCUUGCGGCACAUAUCCCGGCGAAUGGUUUGGACCCAGCGCGACAGCUAGGUGCAUACGCGCCCUCACGGAGAAGUACCACGACGUCGGCCUCCGCGUCUAUGCCCGGCCCAACGACUCCGACGUCUACAUCGACACCCUCACAGCAACAACAACCCAACACUCCGCCUCGGAAACCUUUUCUCCAACCCUCAUCGUCCUAGGUGUCCGCCUCGGAAUCGAGAAAGUCACACCCGCCUACCACGCCGCUCUGAAGUCCAUCCUCGAACUUCCUCAAUCCGUCGGCAUCGCUGGUGGCCGUCCAAGUUCCAGCCACUACUUCGUCGGCCAUCAGGGCGAUCACUUCUUUUACCUAGAUCCGCAUACCACCCGGCCGAUGCUAACUGCCCAGCCGACGGCGGAGGACGUGGAGUCGUGCCAUACGCGGAGGAUCAGGAGGUUAAGUAUCGCGGAGAUGGACCCGAGUAUGCUGCUGGGGUUCUUGGUCAGGGACAAGGAGGACUUUGAGGAUUGGAAGCGGAAGAUUGAGGGAAUCCCGGGUAAGGCGAUCGUGCACAUCCAUGAGACGGAGCCGGGCUACGCAGCUGGAACGGGAAAUGAGAGGGCGAGUGCGGUGGAUGAGGUGGAGACAAUGGACGAGGACGAUGAGAGUUGGUGA